AUGGACAUGCUCGGAAUCAAACUCGGGUUCGGAAUCGGAUAUAGACAGGGGAAGCGUGUCUUCAAGGCUGCCCUGCAGAAAGCAAAGGUCAAGACUAAAAAGGUUACACAUUUUGGACGACAAGCAGCUGCCUCAACUGUCUCCCAGUAUGGUUCACACCUGGACGAUGCCAUUCGACGUCAUGGGCAUUGGAACAAAGACAUCAUGUCCAAUGUCUACAUCAAGUCCUUCCCCAUGGGGGCCGUGCGCAUUCUGGCUGGCUUUGAGCCUGAGUCUCGAAGGUCCUUCCACAUCCACCGAGAUGCUGUUCAGCCUCCACCAGAGUUGGUGCAACUUGUGUUCCCAGGGCUCGAUAUGUGGAAGCAGAAGCACAGUGACUCCCACAAUCUCCACGGUGUGCAGCAGACCUACUCAGCCACUGAGUUUCUCAAGGUCAUGGACUAUCUACGCACAGUGUUCCUCCAGGACAGCGUGUUCCUGAUGGAAGCCUGGCCUCACCUGGGUGUAUGGAGCGAUCCACUGUUUCAUACGACGUGCUGGCAGACCUGGGCCACACGUCUGAAGGCCGCAACUGAGCACAGUAUUGCAGAGCGAGCCUCUUUUCGCUCCAUCGACCAUGUAGUACCGCAGUUGGCAGAAGCUCUUCACCAGGUACAGCAAGAUGUUCAAUCAUCACACGCUAAAUUGGAGAGCUCAGUGCUACACAAACUUGACAAGCUGCUGGAGCCUGUCGAGCGCAAGGUUGAACAUGUCAAUGAUCGUCUCGACAAAGUCGACACUGUAUAUGACAUGUUGCGAUCAGGCUUUGUGUUGAGACCUGCUCAGGUUGCAGGUCCAUCGGAGGAGCUACAGUUGGCUGCUCAGUCCGAAAGUCAGGAAGUGACUACGUCUCUGACACCUGCAAACAGUCACCCUAGUGUGUCUGUUGGGACUGCCAUGACUGCAACAGUUGUGCAGCCACCGAAGAGAAAGCAGAGAGACCCUCCCCCACAUGAGUAUCCCUAUCGUUCCAUGGAUAGGAGUGUGACGACUGUUCCCCAACUUUGGAGAGAGUGGACAGAGGGGACCGCAACUCGACUCCCAGUGCAGGAGAUGGAUGAGAGAUAUGGCAGGAAAUGGCUGGAAGACGAGUCGGCAAAGACGUGGCACAAGCGCAGACGCGUCAUCAUCACCUACGUGUCGGACAACCCCGUAUUUGCUGCUGAUGGACCGUGGGCAGCUGUCAAGGCUGUGGAAGACGAGAGAGGCCAUAUGACGUUAGACAAGUUCAGUAAAGAGUUGAGUAAACGAGCAAGAGCCAGGCGACUAUAG